UGACACAAGACUGACAUGAAGCAGGAAGUGUUCAGUCACACGCAGACGGUGCUGAUUGUGCAGCCAGCCGCUACUUCUCUCUGUCGUCCUGAACUCCAACAGAGAUCACCUGCUGAAGAUCUCACCCCACCCCAAACCCCCCGUUGUACCGACACAUGGACGCAGUGGCAUUCAGACAACAUGGGCUCUAGAGUGAGACAAAAUCCUGAGCGAGCGUUCAACGUCUUCUUUGAGGCAAUAUGUCCUAUCGCCAGAGAAAAAGAUCCAGUCGUACGUCUUCAGUUUCCAGAUGACUUCAGAGAUGAGGAGUCUUGUCAAACGUUAUCCGGGUUCUGUUUCCCAUACGACAUGCAAGGGGUAUGGGAGGAAAAGGCUGUGCAGCACUUUACUUUUGUUCUGACUGAUAUUGAGGGAUGCCAACGCUUUGGCUUCUGUCGUCUCAACAACAGUGCUCAGAUGUGCCUUUGCAUCCUCAGUUACCUUCCCUGGUUUGAGGUCUUUUAUAAAUUUCUCAAUACCCUAGCUGACUACAUCACUAAGGGCCAGAUCGAUGACAUGAAAGUGAUGCUCGCUGCACUCUACAAGCAACCCAUACCACUGGCACCGGGAUCUAUCACACUGCAGAUGGCUCCAUACUUCAUUGCUCCUGAUCCGAGAGGUCUGCCGUCUAUUCCUGAAAAUAGGAAUUUGACAGAGCUGGUCGUGGCAGUCGAUGUGACGAACCUUCUGCAGCUCUACGCCAGCAUGUUGUUUGAGAGACGCAUCCUCAUAUUUGCUCGCAAACUCAACACUCUCACAUCUUGUUUACACGCACUCGGGGCUCUGUUGUACCCAAUGCACUGGCAACACAUCUUCAUCCCAGUUCUGCCACCUCACCUUCUUGACUAUUGCUGUGCACCUAUGCCGUACCUAAUUGGGGUUCAUAGCAGUCUAGCCGAGAAGGUGAGGAGUCGAGGCUUGGAAGAAGUUGUCAUUUUGAAUGUGGAUACAAACACAUUGGAAACCCCCUUCAAUGACCUGAAGAAGAUACCUUCAGAUGUGGUGUCUGGGCUGAAAGUAUGUUUGAAGCGUCAGGUGGUUUCUGCUGGUUCUGGGGUCUCACGGGCCUUUCUCAAGGCCCAGUCUGUCCUGUUUGGAGGAUACAAGGAUGCUCUGCAGAAUCAUAAGGGGGGUGAGGUAUCCUUCAGUAAUGAUUUGUUUCUAGACCACAAAUCAGCCAGCAUGAGGGGGUUUCUUCAGAGUGCCAUUCAUUUACAGUUUUUCAAACAGUUUAUUGAUGGACGCCUGGACAUCCUGAACACAGGGAAAGUACCACAGGACCUCUUUGAAGAGGAAAUUCUUCGAUCUGAAACGACAGGAAAGAGUAAAUCUUACCAACAGCUAGUUGGUAAUUUAAAGAGAGGGGGAGGAGCGCUGAUCCUCAACAUCAAGUCCAAAACAAAUAACGCAAAAGGCCUCACAAGAUCUGGUCUGAAAAGCAGGUUGAAACAUAAGGCCUUCAGUCAAACACAGACCCUUCAGAGAGGUGGAUCUUUGUCACAUCGUGCUCAAUCUGACUGCCUGCAGAAUCGUCUGCCAAUCACACAACACUUUGGAAUGUCACGUCCUCGUCGGCCCAGUUACAAACUUGGUGUCACCCAAGGCCAGGGAGCCAAGGCAGCUGGAGAUGCAUGGAGCGGGGCAAUGUCUGGGCAAGGGGCCAAGCGUGACUCUGAGUUUAAAACGGAUGAAGAGAAGGAGGAAGAGGAACUGUGUGAUCUAGAGGAAAUGGAUCUUCUAAGCGAGAUCUUUGACACCCUCAGCAUUCGCAGCUCACAUGACAGGGGCCUGUUAUAUGGCACACGCAGCCUGGAUCUUUUUGGACCAGACAGCCAUGACUAUAUUACAAAGCUUGGUCGAGUUAAUCCCAGCCAGGAGAGCCUCUCUCUGUGCACGAGUGGCAGUGGCAGCCUUAACAGCUGGAACCUGGAACAGUCAGACAACGUGCAAACGCUGACUGGCAACUCGGAUGGGCUGAGCUUUGAUGCAUAUGAGACUGUCAAGGAUACCUCAGCAUUUGUAACAGAGCAAGAAGAGAUCCUGAGAGGCGUCAGAGAUCAACAGUUGAAAAGGAAGGAAGCAAUAGAUGUGAACCACGAAGUAGAAAUCCAUAGCAGAAAUAGUUCAAAGGAAGUGACGACUGAGCCAGAAAGGACAGUCACUUUAAAACAGAAUCCUGUGGAGGAAACAGCUGAGCGACACAAGGACAACGACUUGAAAAAUACAGAAGAUGGUCUAAAUCCAGGGGAGAGUGAGAAGCAACGUAGCGAAAAUGGAAUGGAUGAAGUACAGGAGGAUGCAACAGAAGAGAGAAGUGGAAUGCUGGUGGUGAAAAGUGCAGAGGUGGGCUUUCAUUCUCAUGAGUCCAGAGAAGGCUUCCUUGAGAAGUCAAGGAAUAAGGACUUGGCCGAGAGUGACAGAGCAGGUAACAGCAGCGACAUUGUUCAAACAUAUCAGUCGUAUAAUUCAAGGACCCAUUCAGAUGCUAACAGCACCAUCAAGAACGAGCAAGGAGGCCCAACUCCUCUCAAGGUGUCAGAACUCAAAAAGAUGUUUGAAUCUCAAUGGAGCAGCCACACUGGCUGAUUGGGAGAGACACUGUGGUUCUGCCCCCCCCCCCCCGCAAAAAAUGUCCAUGUAUCUUUUGACAAAGUUUGGAUCAAGAAAGUAAGCAAUAGUGUUCACAUAUUCUUUAUUUACGUACACAUUAUUUUUAC